AUUUUGUUUGUACUGGACAAGCAUCAAGUACUUUCCUCAGUAUCCACCCUGUUCUCUCUCCUCCACCCUCAGGCCGUGCUCUCCCACCCACCCCACUUUCUAAUUGGAUUUCAUUACCAUUUCCUCUCAGUUCUCCCCAGACGGACUCUCGGGCUUGGAGGAACAGCUUCUUCUGGAUUUGAGACUCGGAGACAUUGUCAGCGGUAGCAGCUCUCAAAGACUUUCCAUAUAAACAUCAGCCGUCACUCUGCAAUGACAUCCUUCAGACUGCUGUCUUUGUUUCACGCCCUCCUCCUCCUCCAAGUCCAUCUGUCAAACCAGCUAGAAGACAACAAGAUCCCUCCCAGUCUGUGCACCGGUCUUCCUGGUAUCCCAGGAUCUCCGGGAGGUCACGGCAGUCCUGGGCAGCCUGGGAGAGAUGGCAGAGAUGGGCGGGAUGCUCCUCCAGGAGAGAAGGGAGAAAAGGGGGACAAGGGAUACCCAGGUGAGACAGGCGUUCGAGGACUCACUGGAGACAGAGGUGACCCAGGGCAAAAAGGGGAGAGGGGCCAGCCAGGAGAGUGCGCCGUAGCUCCCAAAUCUGCCUUCAGUGCAAAAAUAUCUGAGGGCCACACUUUACCCCUCACUGUAGCCGAGGCCGUCCACUUUGACAAGGUCAUGCUGAACGAGCAGGGUGACUACAACUCAGAGACGGGACGCUUUACCUGCAAAGUGCCUGGAGUCUACUACUUCAGUGUCCACGCCACCGUAUACAGAGCAAGCCUGCAGUUUGACCUGAUGAAGAACGGACACACCGUGGCAUCUUAUUUCCAGUACUACGGCAACUGGCCCAAACCGGCGUCUCUGUCGGGUGGCUCCCUGCUCCAUCUCGUCCCUGGUGACCAGGUGUGGGUCCAGAUGGCUCUGUCCGAGUACAAUGGCUUUUACUCCAGCACAAAGACUGACAGCACCUUCACAGGUUUCCUUGUGUACUCAGACUGGAAAAACUCUGCAGUGUUUGCAUGACAUGUGCUGAAAACUGAGUCAUCUCUAACUUUGGAAAACAAACCACCACCUUUUAUAUGACUAAGAAUUUCUGGAUAAAGACGAUUUAAUAAGAUGUGACAUUGUACAUCUGUAUUUAGGUAAUAGGUUAAAAACAAUCCAGACAAUGGUUCUGUCAGGGGCACAUACUGUACUGGUGAGGGUGAAGUGUUCACAUAUGGGCGGUGAUGAUUCUUCUAAGCGGUCUUUUAACUGCUGUGACACCUAAUUCACGUAAUAGAUGAUGUGACAACGGCCUUCAGCCAACUCCAGGCCACAACUUCAAACAGCUUUUACACUUAAACUGCACUUUAUUAACAUCUGCUCCUCACAGCAACAUAAAAAUAAAUCAUUUUAGUGUUAAAAACAAAA